CCUCUUCUCUAAGAGGAUUAUUUUUUAUUGGAUUGAAAUCUCACAUCUGGUGGUCCCUUUCGCUGUCUGUUACACAGAGAAGAUUGCUAGGCAGGGAUGCUGUUUCUCCACAAGGUUAGAGUUUGGCCAUUAUCCAUAUAAUUUUUUGGAGGAUGAGUUGCAUAAGCAGGAAGACAAACCCAUGUGAUUUGGUACAAGCAAGUGGCCCUAAUUGCUUCCCCUCUCAGUGCCUCUUCACCAAUCAUUUCAAGUAGUGUACCAUACGGUUUUCUGCAUACCAUUUCAUCUAUAUAUACACACAUGAUCAAGUUCAUCUUGAGCAACUAAAGUCUUCACCUUCCCAAGCAUCAAACCUUUCUCUUUUUUUUCCAAGUACUUUGCAUUCUUUUUCUUCUUCUUUUGUCCUCUUGAGCAUAUAAAAGCCAUGGGUUUCCGGUUGCCUGGAAUUGUUAAUGCAAAGAGAAGUCUCAUUCGAUCUCGAUCUACUUCAAACCAGACAGCUGAAUCAAAGACAGAUAUCCCAAAAGGCUAUUUUGCAGUGUAUGUUGGAGAGAGCCAGAAGAAGCGGUUUGUGAUUCCGGUAUCAUAUUUGAAUGAACCUUUAUUCCUGGAUUUGCUGAGUCAAGCUGAAGAAGAAUUUGGAUAUGAUCAUCCCAUGGGUGGUAUCACAAUCCCCUGCAGUGAAAACACCUUCCUAGAUCUUACUUCCCGCUUAAGUGUAUGACUGAGCAUGAAUUGAUUUUCAAAAUCAUUGAAAAGAUCCUCAUUUCACUGAGUCAAGCUGAUGAAGGAUUUUGAUGUGAUCAUAUCCAAAGCAUCAUUAUUUCAGAAACCACUGGGUUUGGAUGGAAAAAGAGGCUACAAUGGAUCAUCCAUAGAAUCAGUUCACCCUUCUGUAAUGCUGAAGCUGCUUGUGAUCUGAGCAAUAUCAUAGAACAUUUUGCCGCAGAAAAAUGAUGAUAUGAUGAGGUCCACAAAACCAUUGUUCCAAAAAUCAUCACUCCAAUUUUGAACUCAAAGGAAGUCAAAUUUGUUGUCUUGUAAUUCUAUGUAAACUUCUUUGUUA